AUGACGUACAAUCACCGUCCUCCUGUAACUUACCUAACUAUUAGUCACUAUAUGUUGAGGGGAGGACACUGUGAGAGGGUGGUAGGGGGAGGUUACAGACUACAGACAGUCAUAGAGAUACUAGUGGUUGUAUCGUCAGACAACACGGCCUCUCCUACAGAGACGGUCGUCGUGCAGUGCAAGGAUCGCUCCUACCUGGACAACUGUCUCAAGAAGUUGCCUCCCAUCCUGGAGAAGUCUGAGAUGAAGGGGAUCCCCAGCUCCAAGAUUGACGUCGAUGCUUCCUGCAGUGCAUUUAAGAUAGGCAUGGGAUGCAUGGACACGUUUGCUAACACUUGCCUCUCCACGGCAGACAGACAGACCUUGGAUGCUCAUGUCGCUGGAGCCAGACACACAUUCAAGUUCCUUUGUGACGACCCAGUCUUCCAGUCUGAGUACCUGCAGUACACGUCUUGCUACAAGGCCAUCAGCAAGGACUGGGACAACUGCGCCAACAGGUUCGUCAGUCUAGUCAGAGAGGAGGUGGUGAGGAAGAACACCACCAUGGAGUCCAGACUGCUGGAACUCUGCUGUGCAAGACACGGGUUCCUCAAGUGCGUGUACGUAGCGGCUCGACUCAAAUGCAAGAAGGAGGAAGCUCUGUUCAUCAAGAAGAUCGCAGACACGUUGUCUAACAUGCGUGUGUACUCCAAGCACUGUCGCAACGUGGACGUGGCGUUCUGUGGAUCAGCUGAUCGUCCACUCCUGUCAGUGCUGCCUCUACUGCUGCUCUGUACAUUGGCCUUGGUCAAGUGA